AUGCUUUUGCAGCGAAGCAGAGUGCUGCCCGCCAAGCCUGUAGACCUCCAUUCCGUUUCAUUGUCGUGGCGUGAGGUCCUCAACCUCCCCCCUUUCUCACCAGGCAGUCGGGAAGCGGCGUUCACCUACGCCAUCACGGCGGCGGGUGUGGCCCACGCCAUCACGGCGGCCUGUAGCCAGGGCAACCUGAGCCAGUGCGGCUGUGACCGGGAGAAGCAGGGCUACUACAACCAGGAGGAGGGCUGGAAGUGGGGCGGCUGCUCGGCCGACAUCAAGUACGGCAUCGAGUUCUCCCGACGCUUCGUGGACGCCCGCGAGAUCAAGAAGACGCAGCGCCGGCUCAUGAACCUGCACAACAACGAGGCGGGGAGAAAGGUUCUAGAAGAGAGGAUGAAGCUGGAGUGCAAGUGCCACGGCGUGUCGGGCUCCUGCACCACCAAGACCUGCUGGACCACGCUGCCCAAGUUCCGGGAGAUCGGCUACGUGCUGAAGGACAAGUACAACGAGGCGGUGCACGUGGAGGUGAUGCGGGCGGGCCGACUGCGGCAGCCCACGCACCUCAAGGUCAAGCAGGUCCAGGGCUACCACAAGCCCAUGGAGACGGACCUGGUGUACAUCGAGCGCUCGCCCAACUACUGCGAGGAGGACGCCGCCACCGGCAGCGUGGGCACGCAGGGCCGCCUGUGCAACCGCACGUCGCAGCACACGGACGGCUGCGACCUCAUGUGUUGCGGGCGCGGCUACAACACCCACCAGUACACCAAGGUGUGGCAGUGCAACUGCAAGUUCCAGUGGUGCUGCUUCGUCAAGUGCAACACGUGCAGCGAACGGACGGAGGUGUUUACCUGCAAAUGAGCGGCGGCCGACGGGGGGGGGGGCGGGGCGAUCGGCGGACCGGAGCGAGUGACUGGAUUGGACAGGGGGAGGACACAAGGUGGGGGGGGGGGGGGUUAGGGCAUGGGGCAAGCAGGAAGAGGAGGAGCCUAGCGGGCGCUGUUUAAAAGGCGGCAGUUUUUGAGAUGAAUGGACUAUUAUCAGCUCUUCAUUCGCAUCGUUUUGCACAGCAGAAUCUUGACAUUUUAGGAAAGUGACGGCUAACUAUCGGUAGUUGAUUUUCCCCCCUGAACUUCACUGACACAGGAGCGUGUGCUUGCAUACUGCCGUAUCCAUGGUGAAGUUGGAACUACAGGAAGUGAGUGACACCUUUGACGGAGACUGUGCUUUGCACUCUGAGAAUUGAACUUUUAUGAGAGAGAGAGAGAGAGAGAGAGCGAGAGAGAGAGAGUCUUGCAUAGAUUUUUUUUUAUGAAAAAGGACAGCGACCUGAGUGGUGGUUAAAAAUUGAACUGCAACUGUGGAGGGGUGCAACCAAGAGACAUGCCCUGAAGUCGUUUUUAUUUUUAUUAUUAUUGAAAACUGUUCAGAGUUUUUGACUUAUUUUUCGACUAAGGGUGAACACAAGUGAAUAUUGUAGAGGCUCCGAGACUGACGGGGCCUGCUGUUGGAGGGUGGUGGUGGAGAGAUGAAGAACAACACUCUGCAAACUAUGCUGCCGUAAGGCACGCCAAAAGAUGAGUGCAGAUUUCUCUUUGUUAAGGGGCCUCUGUUGGCAACUGGAACAUGGAGGAGUAUGUUAGCUUUCCAGUCACACUGCAACUGUCUGUUUGAACACUGAAAAUAAAUUGUUUAUUUAUGUUAUAGUAUCUUAAGAAAAAAACAAAGCACUAACGGGUAGAGAUGUCUUUUUUUGUACUAAGUGUAAAAAAUAUACUUUUUAGAAUUUUGACUGAAGACAUGUGUCUAUUAGAAAAUGUCCCCCCAUACCCCCCCAGAAAACAAUUCCCUUAAACAAAAUGGCACCAUUGUAUUGACGGAAACAUAACCGUGUAUUCUCAUUCAAUCACUAUUGGUUCAGUUUCACUGUAGGAUAGCUUUUGUUUGCAGCCCUCUAUCCACCCAACUUUCAUGUCUGUUUGGACACGUAUGCCUUUUUCGAGAAAUAGACCAUAGCAACAAAGCUCUUUUUGUGACAGCUGACGUCUUUCCUCAUUGAUAUUGGCAUGUUGCUGGAUGUGUUGUCAAAUGCUGUGCUGACUAUUUUGAUUCAGAUACAACUCGUGCAACAUCAAUAAAAUCCCAUUUGACCCAG